UGUUUUCAAUCACUUCAACAAAACCUCAUUUCAUUGAUCACUAAAUUGUGUCAAACGUUACCAUCGAUUGCACUCAAGACCUGAUUAUCACCGCUUGAGAGACACAAAUAAUGUCAGUCAAUCACUCGUCUAAUCAGACAAUCGCCGAAGACAUUGUCCCGGAGGACACGUACCCAGAGAUGGAUGAGUCGGAGUCGGAUGUGGUGUUUGUGGUGAACGGCCACCGAAUACCCGGAGCUAAAGGCAUAUUCGGGUUCAAGAGUCGAGUCUUUCGGGCGAUGUUUGCGGCGCCGUUCGCUGAGUCCACGGCUCCGGAGAUCGCGAUCGACGACCCGAUGAUUACUGUUAACGCUUUCAAAGCGAUGCGAAGAUUCAUAUAUACGGAAGAAGUGGUGUUAAGCGGUGGCGAAGACUUGGAUGAAGUGUGCGCUGUCAUGCGAUGCGCCCAUAAGUACCAGAUCUUGCGUUUGGUCAACAAAAUGGCUGACAAAUUGUCGUCAAUGCUGGACAUCCAUAAUGUGAAGACUAUCGCAGAAAUGGCGGCCAAUUAUGACAACAAACCACUGAUGGAUUCGGUGAACGCAUUCCUCCUGAAGAAACCGUAUUUAUUGAUUGCCAAAGACAUGGAUUACUUGAAGGCAUUGAAUGAUAUGACUGGCGGUCAAUGUUUUGAAGCGAUGGUUAAAUCAAUGCUUAAGACCCACAUAGCAGUGGAUCCGUUGCCAUCGGUUCCAGUUAUGGUUAUGAGACUUGAAGUUACGGGACGUUUGUUUAGAUACCACUUUGUGAUGAGCACUAAGAUUACGAUCACAAUCACAAUCACUGCCACUAAUACUGAGACAACAAUGCCAGCGUUGGCUGUAAUACAGGGCAGCAGUGAUUGGCUGUCCGUUGAGGGCCGAGAAAUACUCGCCGCUGUUGUUGUCGUCGGUGUGAUUGAGGUGAACAAAUCGGACGACUGUCUGACCGGUGCUAAGAGUCUUGAGUUUGAUGUCGUGCUGAUCAUUACAUCCGACGGCGCAUAUGAUUGGUUGGCAAUGAAUGACCAAUUCGUCCAGAAUUUCCAUAUGUGUCCUAAUUUUGGCUAUUUUUUGAUUAAACACUAA